AUGGUUCACAAAGUAGAAGGUUAUGAUGCUUCCGUUUCCCUUUAUCAUUUUGAUGGAUUAAGAGGUUAUGCAAAAGUGUAUGUAAAUCAUGAAUACAUAACAUGGAAAGGGAAAAACUACAAGUACGACAAGAAUCUUGGACUACUCAGAGUCAUUGAUCUUUCAACUAAUAAACUGAGCGGAGAGAUUCCCACAAAUCUAACGAUUCUUGUAGAGCUUGGCCAGUUAAACCUCUCAAGGAACAAUUUGAGUGGAACAAUCCCUGAGAGCAUAGGGAAGAUGAAGCUGCUGGAAUCUCUAGAUUUAUCUCACAACCAGCUUUCUAGCAAAAUUCCAAAGGGAUUAUUGUGGGGGAGAAUCCCUACAGGCACUCAAUUGCAAAGCUUUGAAGAUUCCCAAUAUUUAGAGAACAAAGGACUUUUUGAACCUCCUCUGAAUUUUGCAUGUUGUGGAGAUGGAAAAUUCCAAGAAACUUCUACUUCUUGUGAAACUGUUGCUGGAAGAAACAUUGAAGAAGAUGAUGAAGAAUGGGUUGAUAUGUCAUGGUUUUAUAUGGGAAUUGGAGUUGGAUUUGGUAUUGGGUUUCUGGGAGCUUUUGGGUUGGCUUGGUAUUUCAACACUUCCAGGAGACGUGUCUAUUUUAACCAGCUUUUGAAUCGUCAUCGGAGGAGGACUAGCAACUAUGGAGCUAGAUUGAGAAGGCCACUUUGA